UUUACGUAUUAAUACGCUGGAAUAUGUGCUACAUCGCCCAAGACGCUACGGAGGUCUAAAACUGCCUCAAAUUCUACGGCAGGGCUCUCCCACCUACGGCCAGCGGGCCACAUCCGGCCCGUGGACCGUGUAUAAUUUUGUCCGCCUGCCGAGAAAAUUCGAGUGGCCAGUAGCACGAGCGGUGGAAUGCCAUGAGGUGUUGUCAGUGCAGCUGUACACUCACAACCGCUACCUCAGUGACAAACUGGUGGGCAGCUACUCACUGGUGCUGCAGAAGGUGGUCUCCGAUGGCCGCAUCACUGUCUGUGAUACGCUUGUUGAUCCCAACAACAAACCUCUUCCUGCAACAGUUGACCUUGAAAUAACGUACUACAGCAUGGACGAGGCAUCAGCCGCCCCCAGCUCCCUACCCUCCGCCUCCGGCCUCGACAUGGACCACAGAUGCUGGUCGACAUCGAGCAGAACAUCGCCAACCUGA